UUUUUGAGAAGUUUUUGUGUUUUAAGAAUACAUUAAUUAUCAAUUAACUUUAAAAGUAUAUUAUUAUUGUGUAUAUAAGAAGAAUUUUAUUUUCAACCUUUAUUUUAUUAAGUUUAUUUGUAUGUGAUAGUGUUUAAAAGUUGUGCGAAUCUAUUAGAAAAGUUAAAUUAUCUAUAACCUAAAAUACAUUAUUAUUUUAUAUAGGACAUUAUUUUAUAUUUAAUCACAUAAUAUAAUUAGCUGUAAUUCGUUAUUAGAUAUUAUAUUAGCGAGCAUUUAAUUAAAGUGUAGAAAUAUGAGUAAACCGGCAAGUGCAGAAGAUCCUGAUGACAUUACUAUGACUGCACAGGAGUUACAUAUUUUGUCUGAACUAGACAGUCGUCAAUAUGGGUUUUUACUGCUAAAUCAACCAGAAAAUGGUUCUAAAAAGGCCUUAGUCCAAAAGGCUGUAAAGUACUUGCAAUUAAUGGUAAUGCAAGCAAGGAGACAACAGAAAGCUAAAGAAAACGACACUGCAAAUCAAGGGAAGAAUAUCAGCAUCGAUCCGAAGACAUGGGUUAAAUUAGGUCACUUUCAUUUGCUACUCGAGGAUUAUAGAAAAGCGCUUUCCGCAUAUCAAAUGUUCUACAAAACUCAGGCAGAGAAUCAUUGGCAAGACACGUCGUUUUUGUAUGGCAUCGGGCUGGUUUAUUUCCAUUUCAACGCGUUUCACUGGGCUGUGAAGGCAUUCCAACAGUUGCUUUACGUUUCACCUGGAUUUCAGAGAGCUAAUGAAGUCAAUGUCAGGCUUGGUUUGAUGUUCAAGGUUACACAAGAAUAUGAAUCAGCACACAAGCAUUUCCAGUUAGCCUUAGUAGAUAAUAGUCCAUGUACUGCUACGAAAAAUACCAUUAAAUUUCAUAUAGCCCAUUUAUUUGAGGUCCAAGGUAAAGUAAAAAUAGCAAAAGACAGAUACGAAACCCUUUUGAAAGAGAAGAACAUCUCGCAAUCAUUAAGAGCUGAUAUAUUCCGACAACUCGGCUGGUUAUAUCACUGCCAAGAAUCAUUAGGAGAUAAGAACCAACGUAUUCCACUAGCCAUACAUUACUUACAACGAGCCAAUGAGGCCGAUCAGUUUUCGGGACAAACUUUAUAUUUGCUAGGUAGAUGUUACGCGAGCAUUGGCAAAGUCCACGAUGCCUUUAUUGCCUAUAGGAAUUCCGUUGAAAAAUCGGAAGGAAAUGCAGACACCUGGUGUAGCAUAGGUGUCUUGUACCAACAACAGAAUCAGCCGAUGGAUGCAUUGCAAGCGUACAUAUGCGCUGUACAACUAGAUAAAUGCCAUUCUGCUGCUUGGGCCAAUUUGGGUAUACUUUACGAGAAUUCCUUGCAAGCUCGAGAUGCGUACGCUUGUUAUUUAAAUUCGAGUCGAGGAUCGUCGAAUAAACAAGUAAUAAACGAAGUUGCUGUAAAUACCACUAAACUGCCAAAAUCAACUUUCCCAAACGUGGGUAUGAACCCACAUUUGACUCAACGUAUAAAUUUUCUUCAAACUCAUCUUUCCAAUGCCCCGAUGCCAAGUGUCACUUCUCAGAGGAGGCAAUUGCUUUCCAUUGAAGAGGCUUGGAAUCUCCCGAUAUCGGCCGAAAUGUCGUCUAGACAGCAAAAUUCUUCGCAACCCAACCGAAGUACGACCACCCAAAACUACCAGAAAAAUUAUUCAACUUCAACUCCUCAAGGUCCUCCCCCUCCAUAUCCCUCACCGAACGGUUGCUCGAACGCGAAACGGUUCAAAACUGAACCCGAUCAGAAAACCGCAAUCAAUCAACCCGCUUACACGCUAUCAUCUCAACAGUUGCAACUAUUGAAUCACUUCCAACAAAACGUUAACAAUCUGAACCCCAGUCAGCAAGCUUUAAUGCAACAAUUACAACACCAAUACAGGCUUAUGCAACAAAAUCAGGAACACAACAGGGGCAUGAUUCGAACGACACCUCCUACCUACAAUAACAAUCAGAGCUUCGACCAAGAAAUGUCCCCAACUAACACUGCCAAAAACGACAAUGCUCCUGAACAGCAUUCCGGCGAUCUUGACGAGAACUUAGUCAAGGACCUCAAGGAUUUGCUGGCGCAGAAAGAUCUCGCGACGACUCUGGCUGAAAAUUUACUCAAACAAUUCGGAUCCGACGACAUCGAUGUCAAAGAUUCCACCGCUGCCUCCAACAAUACAACCAGUAACGUUUCGAACACCCUGUCAUCGGGUCCAUUUUCACCUUCGAACAUAACAACGAAACAAGAAUUGUCGCAAGAAGCGAAGAGAAAAAUCAAAUCGCCCACGCGAGACAACAUACUCACUAUAAAAUCAGAGCCUCUUUGGGAGUUCGAUUCGUUCAGAACGAUCGAGAAAAAAUCCGACGUCGAAUACAACACCGACAUGGACGCCCAGACUAUAAUAAAGUUAUGCAAGAACGAGGUGGUAACUGGAAACAUAAGCAAUUCAAUAAUAUCGGAUAACGCUCCGCCUCCGUCGCCUCCGGAUCCUCCUCUACUGAAGCUUAACCACCAGCAACUAUUGCCACCCACGCCAUCCGUAUUCUUGGACAACAAAAAGCACGCCUUCAGUCCCCAACUGCAGGAGUUCUGUCUCAAACACCCUAUAGCUGUGAUACGAGGAUUGGCAGCGGCCUUGAAACUCGAUUUAGGUUUAUUUUCCACUAAAACCUUAGUUGAAGCGAAUCCCGAUCAUAGCGUCGAAGUUCGCACGCAGAUACAACAGCCCUCCGACGAGAACUGGGACCCGCAAACGGGGAAGAAAGUGUGGGCUUGCAUAUCGCACAGGUCGCACACGACGAUUGCCCGAUACGCCCAAUACCAGGCGUCUAGCUUCAAAGACAGUCUGAGGGAGGAACGCGAGAAGGCUGCUAGUGGCUUGUCGGAUUCCGAUUCGAAGGACUCCACACCGUGCGGUGCUAAAAGGCGAAAAGUCAAUCCUACUACUCCACCGUGUCCUAGUCUUAAAAAUUGCAAGGAGCAGAAAACUUUGAAGUUCGGUACAAACGUAGACCUAUCAGACGAACGGAAAUGGCGGCCGCAAUUACAGGAAUUAAUGAAGCUACCGGCUUUCGCGCGAGUCGUUUCAGCCGCCAAUAUGCUUUCUCACGUCGGGCACGUUAUACUCGGAAUGAAUACAGUUCAAUUGUACAUGAAGGUCCCCGGUAGCAGAACGCCGGGGCACCAAGAGAACAACAAUUUCUGUUCGAUAAACAUCAACAUCGGUCCGGGGGAUUGCGAGUGGUUCGCCGUUCCCGACGCGUAUUGGGGCUCCAUUUGCGCUCUGUGCGAAAAGAACCAAAUUAAUUACUUGCACGGUUCCUGGUGGCCGGUAUUGGAAGACUUGUACCACGCCAACAUACCCGUGUACAGGUUUCUGCAGCGCCCCGGCGAUCUGGUGUGGGUAAACGCUGGUUGUGUACACUGGGUACAAGCUGUUGGAUGGUGCAAUAACAUAGCUUGGAACGUUGGACCGUUGACGGCGCGACAAUACCAAUUAGCGAUAGAACGGUACGAGUGGAAUAAACUUCAAAGUUUCAAAUCUAUCGUGCCUAUGCUGCAUCUGUCGUGGAAUUUAUCCAGGAACAUUAAAGUGUCCGACAAGAAACUGUUUGAAUUAAUUAAGAACUGCCUUUUAAGAACGUUAGUGAAGUGUUGUAGAACACUAGAAUUCGUGAAGAAUCGAGGAGUCGAAGUUAAAUUUCACGGUAGAGGAAAGAAUGAAUCUUCGCAUUAUUGUGGACAAUGUGAGGUGGAAGUGUUCAAUAUUUUAUUUAUAAGGGAACAAGAAAAGAGGCACGUCGUUCAUUGCAUGGAUUGCGCGCGAAAACAGUCGCCCAAUUUGGAAGGUUUCGUCUGUUUGGAGGAAUACAAGUUGCAAGAGCUAUGCGAUGCUUAUAAUAAUUUUGUUCUUCAUACUAACACGAACUCUGCUCACGAUCAGUUUAGAUUAUCUAGUUAAUAAAGUUUUUUAGAUGACCCCAUUGAAGGUCAGCUAUCACUGCCACUUUGUAACUGAUGUACAACUUUAAUAUUAAUAUUUGCUUGUUAUAUAGCGAAUAACUUGUAAAAAACCAAGCGUGAUAAUUUAUAACUAUUUUGCAUAUUUUUAAUGUAUAUAAGUUUGUCCUGUAAGAUUGAUAGUCUAUGGAUUAGCACAGAUGUUAACGAGUAGAAGGAAUAUGAUGCUAUAGUCCGUGUUGGAAUAAAAAGUUAGUUAAAAGUGGAUGUUCAUAAUCGAUAAUAAAAGGCGUAGGCGAGUCUAAAUAUAACUUCCUUAAGUUAUCUUCUUAUGUGCGAAACCUGUGACAUUUAACGAGAUGCUCUUAAAAAAUAAAUACCUCAGGCGUAACAAUUCGUAGUUCAAUUAACUUUAGAAUAAGAUUAGUGUUGUUUUAGGAUCAUGUGCUCUUUAUGACGGUGUAAUUUUAAACGUUUCUAAAAUUAUUUUUGAUAAAAAGUUCAUACGUAGUGACAUUUAAGCAACUUAUUACUUAAGGAAAGUGUUCGUAAUAAAUCUAAACUAUUUUUCACUGGGUCAAAUUUAUGUAAAAAGAGAGUAAUCUGUACUUUUGUAUAUACAAUUGUACAAUUCCGAAAUUAUAUUAGAAUUUCUAUUGCGCUUUGUUCUAAUUUAUGCUUCAUAAUAUCUUCGCCUUUGAACAGUAUGCCUUAUCAAGUAAUGCAGUUUCUUUAGUUUCUUGUGAUCUAAAUGUAUUUAAUUUGAUAAAGUAUUUUCAAUUCAAGAAAUACAAAUAAGCAGUCGUUGCGGUUGCUGGAUAAAUUUUAAAAAUACAAUAUGAAGCGUAGAUUAGUACAUAAAUAAAGUAGUAUAGAAACAGAUUAAAAAUCGGCAAAAAGUAUUAGAAAUGCAUUUCUAUAACUAGUAUUAGAACUUUUCAAUAUCAUCAUUGAACGACGAUGUACAUAAUUAUAAUGGAGGUAGUACUUUUAAAUUUUUAAUUGUUAUCCGUCCAUUAUUGAAUAUGGGCCACUACUUUUCUACUGGUUUUCAUUUUUUUGACUACAAGUUUAAUCCCCACAUUUUAUUAACAUGAUCAUUUUUCUCUAAUUGUCUCACGAAACUUCAUAUUGGACCUUAAUAAAAAGUAACAAAUACGCUUUAAGGGAUAAGUAAGGUAUUUGAGGCUAUUUCAAACAUAUCGAGUCGAAACAACACUUUUAAAUUUUAUUUUGUAAAGAUAACAAAAGUACAAUCUCUUUUUGCUGUUAUGAAUGUAAAAUCUAAAGUAAUUUGGAUGCGGUUGAUUUAAAAUUUUUGUGUUCUUUCGUUGCGAAACGUGUACAUAUGCGGUCCCAUUAAAGAAUGUUGAAUAUUUGUCGAAGAUAUACCAUGUAAAUACGAAAUAUUUUUAUGUAAUUACGUGUAAUUGAAUCUAUCUACUAAGAAGAUAACUUUGAAUAUAUUCUAACCGACUCGUCUAGUUUGUAGAUUUAGCAGUUGUAACUUUGAAUGAAGCCAUUUUUGUAAUUCAUAUACAAUAUUAGCACUUUUUGCUUUUAAAUUGUUUAGGAUGACCUGUACUAUUAAAAAUUUUAUACAAUAUUCUAAAACAAACUGAUACGAAAUUUUUUACUAAUUGUACAAGUCGGUUUACUCUAUUAGAAAAUUCGGAUUAUGAACGUAACUGUAUUAUUUAUUGUAUAAUUAUUUAAACGAGUAAUGUUUAUUUAUAAGUAGGUAAAUAUCCGAUUGUGACUGAGAUGUGGUCAUUUGUAAGACUGUCGUUUUGAUAUAAGUUUUUUCGGCGGAAUUUGUAAGUAACUCUAAUUUUGAGGAUAUGAAGAUACUUCCUGCACGUUUUAAAUCGAUUGACAACUUAUAAAUUAGUGCAAUAGUUAUUCAUUCGACGAAUGUUUGACGUAUGUUUUAUUACAUACAUUUUUUUAUUUAUAAGGUCCUCGAGAAUGUAAAUCAAUUUAAGUGUACAAUCAAUUGUAUUAGGUGGAAAUUUUUCAAAUGAAUUACGUUCAGUUGAUUUUGUAUCUUUAGAAAUUUUCGAUUUAAUGGCGCAAAUGUCUUGUGUCCUCCAAAAUUUUUGUUAACACGGACUACAUUUUUAAGAUGUAUUGCUGCUGAGGAUGCGAAGAUUUUUCAUCGACAAAUAAUUUUAAUUCUUUAUUUUGUGAUUUUUUAUUGAAUUGCGUAUUUUUAGUUACCUCUUUGCGCCUAGUAGCAGUAGAUUUUAAAGUUUGGAGUUAGAUUAUGAGAACCAACGCAUUUUAUAAUCUAAGUUUAAAAAGCAAUAAAACUGCUCCUUCAAAUUUAU